AUGUUUUCUUGGGCUUCUAUCAAGCAAAACACAGUUGCUUUGUCCACAGCAGAAGCUGAAUACGUGAGUGCUGCAGAAGCAACUUCACAAGCCAAGUGGCUAAGAUUUGUGCUUAAGGAUUUCGGUGAAGAACAAGUAGAAGGAACACCAAUCCUAUGUGACAACACUUCUGCUAUUGCAAUGGCAAGGAACCCAGUUCAUCACCAGAAAACAAGGCAUAUCAGUUGGAAAUUUCAUUUCAUAAGGGAAGCCAUUCAAGCAAAAGAAAUUGAGCUAAUCUACUGCAAGACAGAAGAUCAAAUAGCAGACAUUUUCACCAAGGCUCUGCCUAAGGAUCGUUUUGUUAGUUUAAGAAGACUACUUGGUGUGAAAUCAGCUAAAGGAUUAGAAGGGAGUAUUGAAAUGUAA